CACCUCCCCGGCGCGCGCCCGCCCGCCCGCUCGCCCCCGGCCCCGGCUCCUCCUCCCUCCUCUUCUCGCCAUUGCAGUUGGACUCAGCCGCCCGGCGCGCACCGCGUGGCUUUAGGGGGGAGACCCCGGUGGGCCGUGGCAGGAGGGAGGCGGCGGCGGCUGCGAACGGGGAAGGGGACGCCGACAAGAUAGUUGAAGUAUUGAUAACACCAAGGAAAUCUGUGACAAUUUGAAAAGAUAAGCAAAAGUUUGAUUUGCAGACACUACAGAAAAAGAAAGAAAAAUGGCAUUGUAUCAUCAUCACUUCAUCACAAGAAGAAGAAGGCGUCCAAUGCGAAUUUUUGUGAAUGAUGAUCGCCAUGUGAUGGCAAAGCAUUCUUCGGUUUAUCCAACACAAGAGGAACUGGAGGCAGUGCAGAACAUGGUGUCUCACACUGAGCGGGCCCUCAAAGCUGUGUCUGAUUGGAUUGAUGAGCAGGAGAAGGGCAGUGGCGAGCAUGCUGAGUCUGACAACAUGGAUGUGCCCCCAGACGAUGAGAGCAAAGAAGGGUCAGGGGAACAGAAGGCAGAACAUAUGACCAGGACUCUGCGAGGUGUGAUGAGGGUUGGCCUUGUGGCAAAAGGCCUUCUCCUGAAGGGAGACUUGGAUCUGGAGCUGGUGCUGCUAUGUAAGGAGAAGCCCACAACUGCCCUCCUGGACAAGGUGGCUGACAACUUGGCCAUCCAGCUCGCUGCUGUAACAGAAGACAAGUAUGAAAUACUCCAAUCUGUGGAUGAUGCUGCAAUUGUGAUAAAAAAUACAAAAGAACCUCCAUUGUCCCUGACCAUCCACCUGACAUCCCCUGUUGUCAGAGAAGAAAUGGAAAAAGUAUUAGCUGGAGAAACGCUAUCAGUCAACGAUCCCCCGGAUGUUCUGGACAGGCAGAAAUGCCUUGCUGCCUUGGCGUCCCUCCGACACGCCAAAUGGUUCCAGGCAAGAGCCAAUGGGCUGAAGUCAUGUGUCAUUGUCAUUCGAGUUCUGAGGGAUCUGUGUACCCGUGUACCCACCUGGGGCCCCCUCAGAGGAUGGCCCCUGGAGCUCCUGUGUGAGAAGUCCAUUGGAACAGCCAAUCGGCCCAUGGGUGCUGGCGAGGCCCUGAGGAGAGUGCUGGAGUGCUUGGCGUCCGGCAUCGUGAUGCCAGAUGGUUCUGGCAUUUAUGACCCUUGUGAAAAAGAAGCCACUGAUGCUAUUGGGCAUCUAGACAGACAGCAACGGGAAGAUAUCACACAGAGUGCGCAGCAUGCACUACGACUUGCUGCAUUUGGCCAGCUUCAUAAAGUACUCGGAAUGGACCCCUUGCCUUCCAAGAUGCCCAAGAAACCAAAGAAUGAGAAUCCAGUGGAUUACACCGUUCAAAUCCCCCCCAGCACUACUUAUGCCAUUACGCCCAUGAAACGCCCAAUGGAAGAGGAUGGUGAAGAAAAGUCUCCCAGCAAGAAGAAGAAGAAGAUUCAAAAGAAAGAGGAGAAGGCUGAGCCUCCCCAAGCUAUGAAUGCUCUGAUGCGGCUGAACCAGCUGAAGCCAGGGCUGCAGUACAAGCUGGUUUCCCAGACGGGCCCUGUCCAUGCCCCUAUCUUCACUAUGUCUGUGGAGGUGGAUGGAAGUUCAUUUGAGGCUUCUGGGCCAUCCAAAAAGACUGCCAAGCUGCACGUGGCUGUUAAGGUGUUACAGGACAUGGGCCUGCCAACUGGCGCUGAAGGCAGGGAUUCCAGCAAGGGGGAGGAUUCUGCUGAGGAGACAGAUGCGAAGCCAGCAGUGGCGGCCCCGCCUCCCGUCGUGGAAGCUGUUUCAGCGCCCAGUGCUGCCUUUCCCUCAGAUGCAACUGCCGAGCAGGGGCCGAUCCUAACUAAGCAUGGCAAGAACCCAGUUAUGGAGCUUAAUGAGAAGAGGCGUGGCCUCAAGUAUGAGCUCAUCUCUGAGACUGGGGGCAGCCACGACAAGCGAUUUGUCAUGGAGGUCGAGGUGGAUGGACAGAAGUUUCAAGGUGCUGGUUCAAACAAAAAGGUGGCAAAGGCGUAUGCUGCCCUUGCUGCGCUGGAAAAGCUUUUCCCUGAUGCUCCCCUUGCCCUCGAAGCCAACAAAAAAAAGAGAGCCCCAGUCCCUGUCAGAGGGGGACCUAAAUUUGCUGCCAAGCCACACAACCCUGGCUUUGGCAUGGGAGGCCCCAUGCACAAUGAAGUGCCUCCACCUCCAAACCUCCGAGGACGGGGAAGAGGAGGCAACAUUCGUGGACGAGGGCGAGGGAGAGGAUUUGGUGGCACCAAUCAUGGAGGCUACAUGAAUGCUGGUGCUGGGUACGGAAGCUAUGGGUACGGAGGAAACUCGGCGACAGCAGGCUACAGUCAGUUCUACAGCAACGGAGGGCAUUCUGGGAAUGCUGGUGGUGGCGGCGGCGGGGGCGGUGGUGGCUCCUCCGGCUACGGCUCCUAUUACCAAGGGGACAACUACAACUCACCAGUACCCCCAAAACAUGCUGGGAAGAAACCGCCACAUGGGGGCCAGCAGAAGCCCUCCUACAGCUCGGGCUACCAGUCCCACCAAGGCCAGCAGCAGUCCUACAACCAGAGCCAGUACAGCAACUACGGGCCCCCUCAGGGCAAACAGAAAGGCUAUAACCAUGGACAAGGCAACUACUCCUCCUACUCCAACUCCUACAACUCUCCCGGAGGCGGGGGCGGGUCAGACUACAACUACGAGAGCAAAUUCAACUACAGUGGUAGCGGAGGCCGAAGCGGCGGGAACAGCUAUGGCUCAGGCGGGUCGUCCUACAACCCAGGGUCACACGGGGGCUACGGUGGAGGCUCUGGGGGCGGCGGCUCAUAUCAAAGCAAACAAGGAGGCUACUCGUCACAGUCGAACUACAAUUCCCCAGGGUCUGGCCAGAACUACAGCGGCCCUCCCGGCUCCUACCAGUCCUCACAGGGUGGCUAUGGCAGAAACGCAGACCACAGCAUGAACUACCAGUACAGAUAAAGGCCCUGGGGCUGCCCAUUUGUACCUUCUGCAUUUACGCCGUUGGAAGAUUCAGUUUUACGUAUCACAGUUACCAUGUCAGCCGGUCCUCCAGGCGCCCCCACCCGUCCACGUUGCUGUGUUGUGAGGUGCAGCUGUUCCUCCUGGGACCUGUGCUGUGACCCAUAUUUAGCCGUGUUUGGGACUCCGUGUCUUCAAUGGUUUGUUAGUUGCCAUUACAACCUUGUCUGGGUAGAGUUUUGCGUUCUUGCCGUUCAGUAUCCCUCUGUCUAUUUACACUUGGUGUUAGUGUUGACUCAGUUUGUCUUUAAAUAGUUACAGAAGGGAUACAUCAUCUGUUAAUGCUUUUGUGAAGUGAGUUAAAUGAGCUUUCUGUAUUUUAAUGCUUUAGUGUUUCAGUUUUAUAAGUGAAGAUUUUAUUUUAAAAAACAAUGGGAAAGAGUGGGGUUUUUGUAUGUCUGGCUCAUUCAGGCACUACAUCUGAAUUCAGCUGACUGUAGACAAUAAAGAAAAAGAAAACUGUGCCUGUCUCAGGCCUGGGUGUCUGACCCUCCAGCAGGGCAAUGGGCAGGUUCCUCCACUCUGUUCCCACUAUUGGGAAGCAGGCUGGGGAUGGCAGGACAGUGCCUGGUCAGCAUAGAGGGUCCAACUCCAGGCCUCCAGACAUUACUCAGUGCUUGGCAAGGGCCACCAACCUGUUUACCUGAAAUCUUGUCAACCCAGUGGGCUCCACAGCUCUAAAUCCUGGUGGUGUGCAGUGGUCCUCAA